CCAGCUCCAUGCACAUUCCAUGAGACAAACCUUAGCGUGCCCAUAGUUGUGUGUUUGUGGCUAAUGACAUAUGCUGUGUGUCUUGCUUAGACGGGUGAGGAAAAUGGAAACACAUCAUUUUCUUUUUUUUUUUUUUUUUUUUUUGGUAAAUAGAGAGAAGAAAAUGCGCAGCGUGAAGCUCCAUAGGUCUGACUAUGUGUGUGCAUAAUAACUAAAAUGAGCAAAUGUGUGCGUGUGUGUCCUAUAUCUGUGUGCACUGUGUGGCUGUUGUAAAUGUGUUGCCUUUAAACGCAUGUGUGUGCGUGAUCGUGCAGAGUGAGCAUGUAGAAAUAGACAGUGUCCUUUGUGGAUGGAUAGGGAAACAGGUGAUCGACAUAGUGAAAGAAAAGAGAAGCAAGGAAACCAAAGAGCAAGUGGUGACAGAGGAGAAAAAAGCUUGGGAGGAAGCAGUGGAGUACUGCAGGGAGCACCAUAAUGACCUGGCCAGUGUGGCAUCAGAGACUGAGAUGAUGCUGAUCCAGAAAGAGCUGAAGAAACAUAACACCACUGAACAUGUCUGGAUUGGCUUGCGCUUCUUGUCCAGAGACUGGCUGUGGGUGGACGGAGAGGAGCUGGACUACGAGGCCUGGGUUGAAGGGGGAAAACCAUUGUGUCCGCACCCCAAGAUGAAGUGUGCAGCCCUACAGGUGACAGAAGGGAGUCUGGGUGUCUGGGAGGCGCAUGAUUGUGAGGAGAGACGCAAUUUUAUUUGCUACUGAAGUUGUUUACUUUUCAAGAUAAAUUUUAAUAACAUUUUUGUUUAUUGUAGUUACUACAGUUUGGUCAUUUAUAUCACCUGUUUCAUUUCUGUCUUGUCAAAUAAUUAUGUA